AUGGCCGUCGAAGGGCGGGAGGGCAGCCUCGGGGGGUCCCCGGCCAGGGGCAAGAAGAGCGGCGCCCAGAAGAGCGCCGGCGCGGAGGGCGGCUGGGAGCUGGAGCAGGCGGCGGCCGGGAGCCCUCCGCCCCCCUCGCCCCGGGGGACCAAAGGCGGCGGCGGCGGCGGCGGGCGGCUGGCUCUGCUGCGGAAGACGCCCGAGAAGAACGCGGAGAUCCUGAGCAGCCAGUACGGCUUGCACCUCUUCCUGGCGGGGCUGCUGCUGAUGUUCGCGUGGGCCGUGCACGCCAAGGGCUUCUCGCAGAGCGCCGUCCUCUCCUACCUCAUCACCCUCAUGCUGCUGCAGAUCCUCUGGAUGGCCUGGUACAUCUGCCGCCGCUACGCGCACCAGAGGCUCAUCCAGGACAAGGACACGCACGCCGGGGCGCGCUGGCUCAAGU